AUGCCCGACUCACCUGCGGACGUCAAGACACAGUCCAGGUUGACCCCCCCUACCAUGCCGCCCCCACCCAGCACGCAAGGAGCACCCCGAAACAGCUCCUACACCCCCACCACAUUAACCAAUGGCAGCAGCCACUCUCCUACAGCGCUUAACGGCGCUCCAUCUCCUCCAAACGGCUACAGCAAUGGUCCUAGCUCCUCCUCCUCAUCCUCGCUGGCCAACCAGCAGCUGCCGCCGGCCUGCGGCGCCCGGCAGCUCAGCAAGCUCAAGCGCUUUCUCACAACUCUACAGCAGUUUGGCAAUGACAUCUCACCUGAAAUCGGCGAGCGAGUCCGCACAUUAGUGCUGGGACUAGUGAAUUCCACGCUAACCAUUGAAGAAUUUCACUCCAAGCUCCAAGAAGCCACCAACUUCCCUCUGCGACCUUUUGUCAUACCCUUCCUAAAGGCCAACCUGCCGCUCCUUCAGAGGGAGCUGCUGCACUGUGCAAGGCUGGCCAAGCAGAACCCAGCUCAAUACUUGGCCCAGCAUGAGCAGCUGCUCCUGGACACCAGCACCACCUCCCCAGUGGACUCCUCUGAACUCCUGCUGGACGUCAACGAGAAUGGCAAGAGAAGGACGCCAGACAGAACCAAAGAGAACGGCUUUGAGCGAGAUGGCGCCCUGCACCCGGAUGUUCACCCUAGCAAGCGGCCCUGCACCAUAAGCCCCGCCCAGCGCUUCAGCCCAUCCAAUGGGCUCUCCUACCAACCCAACGGCCUGCCCCACCCAGGCCCGCUCCCUCCGCAGCACUACAGGCUGGAUGACAUGGCCAUUGCCCAUCACUACCGGGACACCUACAGACACCCCGCCUCUAAUCAUCGGGAAAUCCGUGAGAGAGCCAGGCCUAUUGGUAUGCAUACAGGGACCAGGCAGGAGGAAGUGAUUGACCACAGGCUGACAGACAGAGAGUGGGCUGAGGAAUGGAAGCACCUUGACCAUCUGCUGAACUGUAUCAUGGACAUGGUGGAGAAGACAAGGCGCUCACUGACAGUACUGCGGCGGUGCCAGGAGGCCGACCGCGAAGAGCUCAACUACUGGAUCCGACGAUACAGCGACGCUGAAGAGCUGAAGAAGGGCACCACUAGUGGGCAGUCAAGACAGCAGAGCCCAGCAGCGCAGGAAAAUGUAACACCAGAAAUUCACAGGGAGCUGCUGCACCGGCCCGUGUCUGGCUACGUCCCUGAAGAGAUCUGGAAGAAAGCUGAAGAGGCUGUGAAUGAGGUGAAGCGACAGGCCGUGUCAGAGCUACAAAAGGCUGUGUCAGAGGCCGAGCGUAAGGCUCACGAGAUGAUCAGCAGCGAGCGGGCCAAAAUGGAGCAUACUGUAGCCGAGGCCAAGCGACAGGCUGCCCAGGACGCACUCUCCAUAAUCAACCAACAGGAGGACUCCAGCGAGAGCUGCUGGAACUGUGGCCGCAAAGCCAGUGAGACGUGCAGCGGCUGCAACACGGCACGCUACUGCGGCUCCUUCUGCCAGCAUAAGGACUGGGAGAAGCACCACCAUGUCUGUGGUCAGACCCUCCAGGCCCAGCAGCAGCAGCAGGCCAGCCAGCAGCAGGGAGGAGUCCCAGGGUCAGAGACCCCUGCUCCCAUCAGCUCCUCCGCCUGCACCCCGAGCAGCGGGACUGGGAGUCCGGCUGCUACCCCGCCUGCUGCUACUCCUCGCUCCUCCACUCCCAGCACUCCGUCCUCCUCUGCCCUGGAUGGCACACCGCGCUAAGAGACUCACACAGAGGAUGGAGGCAAAGGACACCCCUUAACCCCACAAACAGCAUGACUGUCUACAUUGCCUUGCAGAGAUACUAAGCUAACGUGGCUAACAGAGAGAGAUGGCAAUGCUUCUGUCUAUCUUGCAGCGUAGUCAUAGAAGGAGGAGGAGGUCCAUAAUCAGGUCAUAUUGACUUGCCAUGACUUUAAAGAAACACAAAGAUAUUCUUUGUUCUGAAUGAAUGAAUUUAAAUAUUGACAUCCUUUUAUCGUUACACUUGCUAUUCUUGUUGUCCGUUUGUCGUCGUGCCUGUUGCUGUUAAUGUUGUUGUCAUUGUAGCUUAUCUUAUUGUUUCCUGUAAAUAUUAAGAGACUGAGCAGAGAUAGCCGUGAACUUGAGACAAGUAUAUCUGACCUCCCUUUUUUUUAAACGUUUUUUUCCAUCCUCGAAUUAAUGCUUUUUGCCUUCCUUUACCUAAGACAUUAACCUCAUUUCACCAAACAGCAUACCAAGGGAACAUGACUAGCUAGCAGAAUGAGUGAAGUCAUCAAUACUAUUUGUAAAGAAAGAUAUUUGAUUGAAAUACCCUGACAGACAAACCAAUGGAUGGAUGGAUUAAAAACGUUUGCUGCCUGGAGAGAGGAGAGGGAUGGACUAAAUCUCUGGCCAACAGACAGCACGAAAUGGGCAGAUGUGCAGCAGAUUGCAAGCAGAGCCAGCUGUUCAACCAAUGUUACUUCCCUCUCACUUGUAAUAAUAUCCAGGUCAGUGGGCUGGGAAAUACAAAUCCGUCUCCCUGAAGGAUGUAAAAGGAAGAAUUCUUGGACAAGUUACAAAACUUUGCCCACUGCACAUGUGGAAGAUGCACUGACUACAAUUCGCACAUGCAUGCUCGGUGGGUCACAGAAGCUCUCAAACAGGAAGUGAAGUCAUCGUCCCACCGGCAAGACUGUCAUGUCGCCACAACAGCAGCCGCUAAGCCACGCAGAGCUAGAAAGUGUUGAGAACUCGGUAGGAUGCUCAUUCUGCGCCCCAGACGCUCCCCUCCUGUCUCAACUGUGAAAAACAUUUUCAUCUUUCUUCGUGUUCUCAUACUUUUUCUGUAGAUGUCAUGGUGUUUAAGACUUCUGUCCUGUGGUGUCACCAAUGGUUAUUUAUUGUAUAUGUGUUGGACAAUUGUGACAAUGCAUAGUACUUCAACCAGUCACAACUCUAUGUCGUUCAUAACUCUCUCUCUCUCUCUCUCUCUCUCUCUCUCUCUCUCUCUCU